AUGGAAAAGGAAAUAAACACACUUGAAGAAAGUUUCAACAGCACGAAACCACUCGACGACCUUAGGGAAAAGGAAUCCGUGCUUGAACGCCAAAACGAGGAAGAUAAAGCAGUAAUCAAUGACAAAAACGCUUCGCCUUCUGAAAAAGAAGCCCCCAAAGCCAGAGUAGCUGAGCGUGAAGAGGAGCUGGCAUGGCUCAGAACGGAGAUUGCAGAGAGAGAAAAAAGCAUCCCCCUUUUCGUAAGAGUAAAAUAAAUUAUCAAACAAUUUGGGUUCAUUAUCACUGCUAUUAUCCUUGCCGCCGGGACUGUCAUUGGCGCUGUUAUAGGAGCGAUAACAGACGUCCUGAAAGCACUGGGCAAAGGCGUGGGGAAAGGUCUGCAAGAUAUUGGCAAGUAGAACCAGCGUCUCUUUUGCCCCGCCUCAUCAGCUCGAUCGUGAGUUUCAUUUUCAUAGCGGCAGGAAAGGCCAUCUCCUUUCUAGCAGAACACACCUGGCUUAUAAUUCUUGCUGUGGUCGCCUCUUUUACACAAAAUUUCCUCAAGCGCUUC